ACUGCACACACCGUUCAGUGUUCUUCUCUCCUAAGUGUACCAUGACGAAAUAUAUUGUGGUUUUGGUUGUGUUCACUAUUAUAACCAUCUUGGGCAAUGAUGUAGACGGUAAAAGCUUCCAGAAACGAGAAGAUGACACAGUACCUGAUCCCGAUUUAACUAUACAGCCUUUAGAAGAAAUAAUGAAAUCCAUGAAUGCUACUACGUCAUCCAAAAGACAAAUGGGUCAAGAGACAAGAGUUGCUUACGUCUUGUAUGCAUCGUGCACGAACAUAGCGUUUUGGACAAUAGACUUCACCGAUCGUUUUGAAGGUGGUCAGAUGUUUAUCAAAGUUUAUACCGAUCCCAACCUGGUUCCAAAUGAUUGGACAGCUGUUUCACAGAACAUGUUUUUCCGGUAUAUGGACCAUGCGACAUUUACUAUCACAAUUGGGCCGUACGAUCCAUGCACCAAUGUCACGAUUAUUACUGAACUGGUAAAGAGUGGAGAAACGAAAAGGUUGGGUUCAUUCAGUAUACAGACCGAAUGUCCAUGUAAAUCAGGAAAUGGACAUGGUGACCCACACUAUACUACAUAUGGGGAUAAAAAAAUCGAUUUCAAUGGUCCGUGUAGUUAUAUUUUAACAGACACCUGCCAAGAAGCUGAGCAUUCAUUGAAGUUAGUUGUGAAGCAUGAAUCCGUCAGUGCCAGUGUUCGUCGCAUAGAGAGUGCCACUGUUUACGCCGAUGGUCAUGUUGUCAACCUAAUGAACAAUGGAGACAUAUCGGUUGAUGGGCAACUCCGUAAUGGAACGACGUUCAUGACUGACGAUUUAGCUGUGGGCACGUUAACAGUCAGGGAACGAACCAAAAUGAUGAUAUUCUCAUUGACUGGAAAAUGGUGGAUAGAAUGGAAAUGCAAUCCGAAAACUCAUCGCAAUUCGUUGGAUGUGGACAUCAACUCAGAUUCGGUACUUAUUCGUAAAAUGUGUGGACUGUUUGGACCCAAAUAUCCCCCGGGCGAAAAGCAUGCCUUCAAAGGUUACGAAUUGCCCGACGGAAGUGUUACCAUGGACAUUAAAGAGCUCGGAAACAGUUGGGUGGAGGAAAACAGUUACAAAACAGAUUUUAUAUUCAAUGCAUCUCCAAAGAAUGUUUAUGACUUCACUCGCGAUAUGGGGUUGCUGCAAAAAUUGAACAACAACAUUGAAGAAACGCAAAUUCUCGAAAUGAUGGACGAUAUGGCAGUAACCCGUUUCGUUUUGGCAAGUCAGUUGAUGGGACUAGUGUCACCUCGAGAGUUCAUCAAUGUCGUAAGCUGGAAGGAAAUUCCCGAACAGAAUGCAUACACAGUGUACAAUAAUAACGUAGAACAUGCCAGUUAUCCAAUAGUACCAGAGUUCGUACGUGGAACAACUUAUCCAUCGGGGAGACUGCUGUAUCCAGUUGAGGGAGAGCCUAAUAAAUGUCGUGUGAUAGGCUUCAGUCAGAGCGAUAUCAAGUUGUCACCACAGACUUUGGUUGACAAGUUCGCCCCUGGUAUGAUAAUUGGGCAUAUAAAGAAAACAAUGAAACUUAUAAAUACUGGUCAGUUAUGUAAAGCCUAG